AAGAAUGCUGUGGGGUUUUCCCUUUCCUUUUCCCCCCUCAGGUGUUUUUUUGGCACAGCUACGGUGUGAUUUAAGACAAAUAAAUAAACUAAAAAAUAGGCUCAAAUGCCGAAAGCCCCGCCGGUGUGGCUGUCAGAGGGACCGCUCCCGACGGCACCCCCGCUCCGCUCCGUUACCGUGACGCUCUCCCACUUCCCUCUGAACUCUGGCACUCCACAUUCCAGGGGACUGGCACAAACAGUGCCUUUAUUCCCAGGGAAGGCCGCUGGGUCAGGUACCUCCCAUCCCGGAUCAAUAAGGAUGCCCGCAAGGCUGGCUUCUCCUUCCCGGCAUCGCUGCGAGCGGGGUCCGCUCUUGGAGGUCUACGGAAGAUGCCGAGGGCUGCUUUGUGCUGGAGUUGAGUUCCAGCCCUGGCUUGGAGUCGCGUGUUUUCCCAAUGUUUUACCCCAAGGAGAACAGUUUGGCUGUGGAAGAGCAGCACCAGGAAUGCUUCACAAAGAUCUGGCAGGCCACUGCUGGAUGAAAGAGGAGCCAAUGCUCACUGACAGACAAGUGUCACAGCCAUCAGGGGGGAACCUGAGUCUUGGGGAUAACCACCAAAGGAGCUGGAGAUCUGGGCAGGCACUUUUUUCCUGUCUUUAUUCAACAAGACCCCAAAUGGAGAAACUGAAGCACCAACAGCAUGUGGAGGAGGGAUUAAAUCUCAGGAGGCUCACCCCAGCUCCAGCACUGAGCUCUUGGAGAUGGAAAGAUCCAAGGAUCUGUGUGUGGCAAAUCUCUUCCAUCCAGGAGUGUUCACAACAGACUUGUAGCAUCUUCUGCUUCCUGCAGUUGCAUAACCACGGGAUCACAGGAUCAUGGAAUGUGUGGAGCAGCCGGAUCUGA